CCCACCAUCCUCAAAAGGUCAAGGGCAAGAUCGAGGACAAGGACAAGCUCGCUGGUUUGCAGCGCCCCAUGUUCACUGCGCACAUCCAAACACACCACCCUCUGCGAGCGCGAUCGACCGACCAGGAUGGCGCCCUCUGAUCCACCUCGCAAACCCGGCUAUGCUUCCGUCCCCCCUCCAGCGCCCAGCCCAGAGGUGGGCAACGACUCGGAAGCGCGCACGCGGGAGCAGCUCGGAAAGCGCAACCUAACAGCCAGCACACGAGGUCUCCAUUCGCCGCAUCACCCGUCCACCUCUGCAGCAGCCGAGUCUUCCGUCACCACAUCGCCCUUUGCUCCUGCAGUCUCUCCCAUUCACGCCCCAGCAGCUGCUGCAUCCUCCUCCUCCUCCUCUUCGCCCGGCGCUACCAUCACCGUGGAUAGGCACGACAAGGCGGCAGAAUCUGCUUGGCAGCACAAGAUGGAGACGACGGGAGGUCAGAACCUCAACGUGGUGCAGACCUACAAGGCUCACUUUCGCGAAGAUCCUUGGACUUGGUUCGGUCAAAUGUAUCAGUACGGGCAGGGAACGGGAUGGAGAGCUUACACCGACUAUAUUGGUUCGCCGAUUCUGUACCCGACGCAGUCCACGGAAGUCGUUCAGAGUCUAGCGCAGUCAAAGCAAGUGCAAGAGCGCAUACAUGCGCUCGCCUCGAGCAGGGUCGAAUCCUUGUUUGCUACCGUUCCUCCUCCCAAGACGGAAGAGGCGCGCAAGGAGCUGCAGCGCUUCAAGGAGAAGCGGAGGCUGGAACUGGAACGCAACCUGACCGACGUCGCUCGUGGACUCGCCGAGACCAAUGUCGCCCGGCUCGACAGUAUCAAGUUUCUGCGCGGCUUUGCAUGGUCCGUAGAGUCCAUCUUGGCUCGGCUGUACCAUCAAGGCAUUCACAUUUCCGUCGCCCAGGUGCUCGAGCUCCGCCGUGUCGCAUCUUACUGCGCGGAGCGCAAGAUCAGUCUGCUCUUUGCACCUUCUCAUUCCUCGCACAUUGACUACUUGACCCUCUCGUGGCUCAUGUUCCGACUUGGAAUCGCUGUACCGCACAUUGUGGCUGGAGAGAAUCUGGAUCUGCCGGUGCUCGGCAAUGUCCUCAAGCGCGGAGGAGCCUUUUUCAUUCGGCGCACCUUUGCUGGCGAUCAGCUCUACCCUAUUGUGAUCAAGGAGUACGUGGAGCAGCUGUUGGCAGCCGGAAAGAACAUCGAGUGCUUCAUCGAGGGAACGAGGAGUCGAACCGGUAAACGACUCCCUCCAAAGCUCGGCAUCCUCAAAUACGUCGUCGAAGCCCUGCUGAAUGAGCGCACGGAAGACGUUUUCAUCGCGCCAGUCAGCGUCCAGUACGACAGUGUCAUCGAAAGUUCGACGUACGCGGACGAGCUUCUGGGCAAGCCAAAAGAAGCAGAGUCGCUAUUUGGUUUGCUGGGCUCCUCUAGCUCCGUAUUGCAGCUCAAGUUGGGGCGCAUCGAUGUGCGCUUCCAAACCCCGUGGUCGCUCAAGGGCUUCAUCAACGAGCAGAAGCUGCGACGCGAAGCACCCACCCCUGAUCACAAGUCCAAGAUGGAGCUGGAUCUGUUCAACAAUGACGAGCACAAGAUUCUGCUUCUCAAGGCGCUUGGCUAUAGGAUCUUGAACGAUGUCAACAAUGCCAGCAUCAUCAUGCCAGCUGCGCUCUGCGGUACCAUUCUCUUGAUUCUUCGAGGGCGCGGCAUCGGUAGGAGCGAUCUCAUCAAGCGCGUCGAAUGGCUGGCAGGCAUCAUCCGAGGCAAGGGCUACCAGGUGGCAGACUUCGGCAGCCUCUCGACGGCAGAAGUCGUCGAUCGCGCCAUCACUGGUGUCAUGAAGGGGCUGGUGGAGAUCGAGACGGACGUGAUGGAGCCGACGUACGUGCCAGUCAAGCGCUUCGAGCUUUCCUUCUUCCGCAAUCAGGUCAUGCACGUAUUCGUAUCCGAGGCGCUCCUGUGCUCCGCGCUCUACACUCGUGUCAAGCAAGGAGGAGAAACGCCGAACCAAUUCAUGAAGAGGGAAGCGCUGGUAGCCGAAGCGGGAUUCAUCUCGCACGUACUGCGGGAAGAAUUCGUCUUUAACUCUGCAGACAAGCUCGAGAACAAUGUGCGGGCAACGGUCGACCAGCUCGUUGCCGACGAUGUGCUCGCGUUUGACGAGCAGAACCGCGUAGGCUUGAGCACACGCGAGAGACGUGUCGGACGAAGCAACUUUGAUAGUUAUCUGUUUCUCGUCUUUCCUCUCAUCGAAGCCUACUGGCUCUCUGCAUGCUCCCUGCUGCUGCUCGCCCCGCCGCCUCCGAAGGGCCAGGCGCCCGGGUCGGUCCAGUCUUGGUUCGCGGCCAAGGAGUUUGAGAAGCGUGCACAGUUGUUCGGCAAGACGCUGUAUGCAGGAGGCGAAAUCUCCUACCUCGAGGCCAUCAAUCUGGCUACGCUGUCAGCAGCCAUGGUGCGCUUCCAAGAGCUGGGAUUCAUCGUCAGACGCAAGUCGGACGGACCCAAGCCGGUGCCUCUGGUCGCUCUGAACCCAGCGUACGUGCCAACGUACGAUGCGGAGGGCCGCGUGACCAAUACAGGCCCGCUGGUCAGUUUCCUGGAGCGAUUGAGCGCGUUCAGACGUGAGGGCAAGGACAGAAGAGACGAAGGCAGCGUCAUCUCUGAACGCAUUGGCAACGUUGUCAGGGCCAACUUUGCUCCGGUCGUCGAGUUGACGCGCCUGGGCGAAAGUCGCAUUUGAGAGCGGCUCGUUGAGCGGCUCGUUGAGCGGCACGUUUCGCUGCAUGUACGCAAUUCACGAUUUGCACCCGUUCGAAUGUCAAGCGCGUGACGUCGUGACGUCGUGAC